AUGGCGGUCAGGAGAACCGCGGUUCAUCAUCGGGACACGAUCCGCUGGGACGGCUGCAGUGAAGUGCAGGUGUUUAUCUUUGGAACAACUGGUCUCCCAGAGUUCACCAGCUUCCGGCCGGAGCGUCAGGACUGGCCUUUCAACCACCUGACCGUCCACCGUUCCUCGGGCGUGGUCUACAUCGGAGCAGUCAACCGCGUCUACAAACUCUCGGGGAACCUGUCGCUGCUGGUGUCCCACGACACAGGUCCCGAGGCGGACAACAAGGGGUGCUACCCCCCGCAGACGGUGCAGCCCUGCUCCGAGCCCCUGGCCCCAACCAACAACGUCAACAAGAUGCUGCUCAUCGAUUAUGGGCAGAGCCGCCUGCUGGCCUGCGGGAGCCUGCACCAGGGCGUCUGCAGACUGCUUCGCCUGGAGGACCUCUUCACGCUCGCCGAACCGUCCCACCGCAAGGAGCACUACCUGUCCAGCGUGGACCGGACGGGCACCAUGUUCGGGGUCAUCGUGCCUCGGUUCGGCCAGGACGCCACGCUCUUUGUGGGCACGGCGGUGGGGGGUAAACAGGACUACUUCCCCACGCUGUCGAGCAGAAAGCUGCCCCGCGACCCCGAGGCCUCCUCCAUGCUGGACUACGAGAUGCACAGCGACUUCGUCUCCUCGCUGGUGAAGAUCCCAUCCGACACGCUUGCGCUCGUGCCGCGCUUCGACAUCUACUAUGUCUACGGCUUCGCCAGCGGAGCCUUCGUCUACUUCCUGACGGUGCAGCCGGAGACGGCGGAGAGCGGGGCGGGGGGGACCGAGGGGGGCGCUACGGACCUCUUCUACACCUCUCGAAUCGUCCGCCUCUGCAAGGGCGACAACAAGUUCCACUCCUACGCGUCUCUGCCGCUGGGCUGCUCCCGUCGAGGGGUGGAGUACCGGCUCCUGCAGGCUGCGUACCUGGGCAAACCCGGGCACGAGCUCGCCGCGGCGCUCAACGUUAGCGCCCAGGACGACGUCCUCUUCGCCGUGUUCUCCAAAGGCCAGAAGCGGUACCACCGCCCCCCGGACGACUCGGCGCUGUGUGCGUUUAGCGUGCGUGAGAUCAACGCCCGCGUGCGGGAGAGGCUGAGGUCCUGCUACCAGGGGGAGGGCAAUCUGGAGCUGCACUGGCUGCUGGGAAAGGACGUGCACUGCACCAAAGCGCCUGUCCCCAUCGAUGACUCAUUUUGUGGGCUGGACAUUAACCAGCCCCUGGGAGGCAGCCAGCUGGUGAGCGGCCUGGUUCUGUACACCGAGUCCAGGGAUCGACUGAGCGCUGUGGCCUCCUACGUUCACUCCGGCCGCUGUGUGGCCUUUCUGGGGACCAGGAGCGGCCGGCUGAAGAAGAUCCGAGUGGACGGUGCCCCUCAGGGCGGGGGGCUAUACGAAACGCUGGCAGUGUUCGGCGACGGCAGUCCGGUCCUCCGAGACAUGGCCUUCUCGCUGGACCACAACUUCAUCUACGUCAUGUCCGAGAGAGAGGUUGUACAGGUGCCCAUUGCAGCAUGUGAGCAGUAUGGGACCUGCAGGGAGUGCCUGACCUCAGGUGACCCCCACUGCGGCUGGUGUGUCCUCCACAACAGGUGCUCCAGGAGGGAGUUCUGCACUCGAGCUGAGGAGCCCUUCCGUUUCUCCGUCUCUGUGGAGCAGUGUGUGAGAAUCAGCGUGUUCCCCGACAGUGUGGCCGUGUCACAGCCCAGCCUGCCGCUCCUGGUAACCGUGGGUAACGUCCCUGACCUCUCGGCGGGGGUCACCUGCUCUUUCGGGGACCUGAUGGAGGUGGAGGCACAGGUCAGGGGGACGCAGAUCGCCUGCAUGUCUCCGCCCUCUAAGGAGGUCCCCCUCGUCCCCGCCGGCAGAGACUGGUUCAGUGUUGAGCUGAAGUUAAACUCUGUGGAAACGGGCCAGAUGCUGGCCAGCACAGAGGUCAAGUUCUACAACUGCAGUGUCCAUCAACUGUGUCUCUCCUGUGUGGGCAGCCCUUUCCGUUGUCACUGGUGUAAGUACCGUCACGUCUGCACCCACAACCCCUCCAUCUGCUCCUUCCAGGAGGGCCGGGUUAACGCAUCCAAGGACUGCCCACAGCUGGUGCGUUCGGGCGAGAUGGUGCUCCCAGCAGGCGAGGUCCAGCCCGUCUCCCUGCGGGCGCGGAACCUGCCCCAGCCGCAGUCGGGCCAGCGUGGGUACGAGUGUGUGCUGCACAUCCAGGGCUCCAGCCACAGAGUCACCGCCCUGCGCUUCAACAGCACCAGUCUGCAGUGCCAGAACACAUCGUACAUUUAUGAGGGGAUGAAAAUCAGUGAUCUGCUGGUGGAUCUCUCUGUGGUCUGGAAUGGCAAUUUCAUCAUCGACAACCCGGAGAGAGUUAAAGUGCACCUGUACAAGUGCGCGGCGCAGAGGGAGAGCUGUGGGGCGUGUCUGAAGGCUGACGGGAGGUUCGGCUGUGGCUGGUGCAGCGGGGAGGGGGAGGGGGGGAGGUGCACUCUGCGUCAGCACUGCCCCCCCUCGCCCCCCACCCCCGCCACCCGCUGGCUGGACCCCUCCGACCGCAGCGCCAAGUGCCUCUACCCCCGCAUCACUCAGGUGACCCCGCUGGCUGGCCCACCAGAGGGGGGCACUCUGGUGACGAUUCGGGGGGUGAACCUGGGGCUGUCUCUCUCAGAGCUGAUGGGGAACGUGCAGGUGGCAGGGGUCCGCUGUACCCCCCAGGGAAAGUCCUACGUCAUUGCUGAACAGAUUGUGUGUGAGAUGGAUGCCGCCCCUCAGGAGAACAGGCCCGGCCCGGUCCAGCUGUGCAUUGGGGAGUGCCUACCAGAACUCCGGACCCGAUCCUCACAGCUUUACUCCUUCAUGACCCCAUCAGUAAAAGCAAUCUCCCCCAACCGGGGGCCUGAAUCUGGGGGCACGAAGGUGACCAUCCUGGGGGAGAGCCUGGGAGCGGGGAGUAACGUGGAGGUCAAGUUCGGGAAUCAGACCUGCGAGUUCUACGGACGGACCGCGAUGGAGAUUGUGUGUGUCUCUGCCCCCUCCCUGACCGGUCUGGGCCCGGUGCCGGUGAGGGUUCGAGUGGACCGGGCUGGGCUGAAGGGGAACCUGGCCUUCAGAUACAUCGAGGACCCCACCGUCCAACGCAUCGAACCAGAGUGGAGCAUCACCAGUGGACACACCCCUCUGACCGUCACUGGUACCAACUUAGACGUGGUUCAGGAGCCUCGGAUCAGGGUGAAAUACGGCGGCCGGGAGUCCGUCAAUGUGUGUAAGGUGCUGAACACCUCCACACUCAGCUGCUAUGCCCCGCCCCUGGGGCUGGAUUUCCUGUCGGGGGCAGAGUCCCUGAGGCACGCGGACGAGCUGGGAUUCAUCUUUAAUAAUGUGCAGGCCCUGCUCACCUACAACAGCACCAGCUUCACAUACUACCCUAACCCUGCCUUCGAGCCGCUCAGCACGUCCGGGGUCCUGGAGCAGAAACCCGGGUCCCCCGUCAUCCUGAAGGGCAGGAAUCUGGUGCCCCCAGCUAUGGGCGGGGCCAGGCUUAAUUACACGGUGCUGAUUGGUGACACGCCCUGCUCGCUAACGGUCUCAGAGACACAGCUUCUGUGUGAGCCACCCAACCUCACCGGCCAGCACAAAGUCCUGGUCCAGGUGGGGGGGCUCCACGUCUCCCCGGGCACGGUGCACUUCCUGUCGGACAGCGCGCUCACUCUCCCCGCCAUCGUUGCCAUGGCGGUUGGCGGGGGCCUGCUUUUCAUCAGCGUCUCCCUCGUCCUCCUCGCCUACAGGCGCAAGUCCCAGCAGAACGACCUCACCCUCAAACGCCUGCAGAUGCAGAUGGACUCCCUGGAGUCUCGAGUCGCCCUGGAGUGCAAGGAAGCCUUCGCCGAGCUCCAGACAGACAUUAACGAGCUGACCAAUGACCUGGACCGGGCAGGUAUCCCCCACCUGGACUAUCGCACCUACGCCAUGAGGGUGCUCUUCCCAGGGAUUGAGGACCACCCCGUCCUGAGGGAGCUGGAGGUCUCGGGAAACAGGCAGGCAUCAGUGGAGAAAGCCUUACGUCUGUUCGCUCAGCUCCUCAAUAACAAAGUGUUCCUGCUGACCUUCAUCCGAACGCUGGAGCUGCAGCGUGGCUUCUCCAUGCGCGACCGUGGCAACGUGGCGUCCCUCAUCAUGACCGCCCUGCAGGGCCGCCUGGAGUACGCCACCGACAUCCUCAAACAUCUGCUGUCCGACCUCAUCGCCCGCAACCUGGAGAGCAAGAACCACCCCAAGCUGCUUCUGCGCAGAACAGAAUCUGUCGCUGAGAAGAUGCUGACAAACUGGUUUACCUUUCUGCUCCACAAAUUCCUGAAGGAGUGUGUUGGGGAGCCUCUCUUCAUGUUGUACUGUGCUAUUAAGCAGCAGAUGGAGAAGGGUCCCAUAGACUCCAUUACAGGAGAGGCCAGAUACUCCCUGAGCGAAGACAAGCUCAUCCGCCAGCAGAUCGACUACAAAACUUUGACCCUGCGCUGUGUGAACCCCGGUAAUGAAAACAGCCCAGAGGUCCCGGUGAAGGUGCUGAACUGUGACACAGUCACUCAGGUGAAAGAGAAGAUCCUGGACGCCGUGUAUAAGAAUGUGCCCUUCUCCCAGAGACCCAGAGCUGUCAAUAUGGACUUGGAGUGGCGGCAGGGGCAGUUGGGGCGUGUGGUGCUGCAGGAUGAAGACAUCACCACGAAGAUCGACAAUGACUGGAAACGCCUCAACACCCUCAUGCACUACCAGGUUUCAGACUGCUCUGUGGUGGCAUUGGUGCCCAAGCAGACAUCGUCCUACAACGUCCCCCCCCUGGCUAGCAUCCCACGCACCAUCAGCAGAUAUGAUUCGGCGCUCCGCAACGCCUCCGGGAGCCCUGACAGUCUGCGUUCCCGCGCCCCCAUGAUCACCCCUGACCUGGAGAGCGGGGUCAGGGUGUGGCACCUGGUCAAAAACCAUGACCAUGGAGAGCAGAAGGAGGGCGACCGCGGCAGCAAGAUGGUGUCAGAGAUCUACCUGACCCGUCUGCUGGCCACCAAGGGCACGCUGCAGAAGUUUGUGGACGACCUGUUCGAGACUCUCUUCAGCACCGCGCAUCGUGGUAGCGCCCUGCCCCUUGCCAUAAAGUACAUGUUCGACUUCCUGGACGAGCAGGCCGAUAAACACGGCAUCUACGACGUGGACGUGCGCCACACCUGGAAGAGCAACUGCCUGCCACUGAGGUUCUGGGUAAAUGUGAUUAAGAACCCUCAGUUCGUCUUUGACAUCCACAAGAACAGCAUCACGGACGCCUGCCUGUCGGUGGUGGCUCAGACCUUCAUGGACUCCUGCUCCACCUCAGAGCACCGUCUGGGAAAAGACUCGCCCUCCAACAAGCUUCUCUACGCCAAGGACAUCCCCAGCUACAAGAGCUGGGUGGAGAGGUACUACGCAGAUAUCAGUCGUCUGCCUGCCAUCAGUGACCAGGACAUGAAUGCUUACCUGGCUGAGCAGGCCCGUCUGCACUCCUCAGAGUUCAACAUGCUGAGUGCCCUCCACGAGAUCUACUGCUACGUCAGCAAGUACAGCCAGGAGAUUCUAGCAGCAUUGGAGCAGGACAACCAGGCCAGGAAGCAGCGUCUGGCCCAAAAGUUGGGCCAGUUGAUUGGAGCCAUGUCCCUCGAGAGCUGAGAGAGAGAGAGAAAAAGAGAGAAAAGGGGGGAGAAAAUAAGAAGUGAACCCAGGGCAUGGUCCACACCGAGCUAGCUGAGACACCUAGAAACAGACAGGCACUCCUCUGUUUCUCUAAAGACUUGCGUGACUUUGAAACUUUGAACCACUUUUAAAACAAGAUGGCUGCUCCAGGCUACUUCAGGAGCUGUGCAGGGCUCCACUCUGGUUGCCAUGGAGACCAGGACAAUCGAGGAGACUGAGAGAGAGAGAUGUGGAACAGGCUUCCAGAUCAGUCACAUGCCUUCUUUGCGACACUGAAGGCCAGAAGCAGCGCAGCGACUGUUUGCUGAACUCCUGAUGAGGCUACAAGGAGGAUGACCGCACCCAGGAGUCUGAUCUCUCCGAGGAAGCCUCAAUCCUCACAGACAUACUGUACACCAACGAUAUUUCAGACACCAUAUUUAUUUAUUUCUGUUCUUCCAGUAUCAUCAAAGUGGCUUGGCUCAGUUUUCUUUCUUCUAUUCUCAGCGUCUGCCACAAUUGAUGUGGCUAACCGCAAGCUGAAAAGUGCCACAGUGUGGUGGAUAUGAAACCCCCACAGGACUCUUAUCUUUUGCGUCUGCCCGCUUAUCAGAGUGAUUACAUAAAUUCAACUGCAGUCUAAUCAGCCUGAGGUAGAUGUUCAGAAAGGAUUGCACCUGGAAGGGGCUAUUUUCAGACUCUUAAGUGGAUUUGGAUUCAUUGUUCUCUUCCCUCCGCGCCCAGGCCUGGCUUCUGGGGGCUAUUAAGGCGUGAUAUCAGAAGUUUGUGAUUAAGAACAUUCUAAUGAUGAUGUGACAGUCACUACUGGUGACUGAGAGCAGUGGGGUUCUAGAACGCCAACUUAGAAUGUUGAAACAAAAACAUUCCGAAAAACCUGCUCUUCAAAGAGCUGGGCCCACUCUCAGCUUUAAAUGUUAUUGUGAGUUUCUGCGUCAUACCGUAGAGGAGUAAAGUGUCUUUGUUUAAUUGCACUUCAAGGCUAUUUCACUCACUCAAUGCUGAAUGGAGAUACCAACUCCAGUCCGCUUAUCAGUGCAUGAUAUGUGCAGCCUUUCAGGUUGUGACCUUGCCAAAAGUUAUGCCAUGUUGAAAUCUCAUUUUAAAGCAUUGAUAUUUAUUGACAAAAGUCUGCAUUUAUAUGAAUGGCUACAAUUGGGUGUGUAUCUUCUAUAAUGGAAUGGUGUUGGUGUGGCAGUGUACUGUAUGUGAUGGUAUUGUCAUUUGUGAUGAAUUGCCCUUGGGUUCUGAGUACUGGACAUUACUCAGCAACAGCAUAUGCGUCAGUUAUCCCAAUUCUCGUAUUCUGAUUGAAAAAGAAAAGGCAAUUUUUAUUUUUUUUUCAAAUGUGUAUGUGAUUAUUUAUUGAUAUUUUGCUCUUGAUGGUCAUAUCUUCCACAAGGAAAGACACGUUGUGAAGCACUGUUAUCUUUUUGCCUGCAUUGUCAUAUUUUAUGGACAAGCUGUAGAAAUAUAUUUUCUACAUCAAGCCCAAAGGAAAUUAAUUUCAUUGAAAAUUAAAUUAAAUAUUAAAAAAAUGAAUCUCCAGCACUGCACAAGGUCUUAAUACUGAAUGAUGAAAGGCAUUAUGGGUAGAUUUUAAUCAGUUUAAGGAACGUCAGACUGGCUCCAGGAACUAUUUCAGAUGCCGUGAUGUUGGCGUUGGUUAUUCUAUGGGUUGCUCAUCUUACAGUACAUUAACGACAUGGCUCAGGCAGUAAGAGCAGUAAGAGCAGUCGUCUGGCAGUCGGAGGGUUGCCGGUUCGAUCCCCCGCCUGGGCUGUGUCGAAGUGUCCCUGAGCAAGACACCUAACCCCCAAAUGCUCCUGACGAGCUGGUCGGGGCCUUGCAUGGCAGCCAAUCGCCGUCGGUGUGUGAGUGUGUGUAUGAAUGGGUGAAUGGAGAAGCAUCAAUUGUACAGCGCUUUGGAUAAAGGCGCUAUAUAAAUGCCUGCCAUUUACCAUUUAACGACAGCGACAUAAUAAUAAUAAUUAUUAUUAUUAUUAUAAUUAUAAUUAUAAUUAUAAUGAUAAUAAUAUUUAUUUAAAUGUGGAUAACGCUUUUAAAUGUGGAAUCUCAAAGUGCUUUUUUACAGUGAUGAGGGGGAAACUCACAUUAACCACCACCACUAGUGUGUAGCACCCACCUAAGUGGUACACGGCAGCCAUUUUGUGCUAGAAUGUUCCCCACACACCGACUGCAGUGGCGUGAGGAAUUCAUCCAGGUUUCAGAAUCUCAGACCAGUGGUUCAUACCCAAGCGUGCAGCAAGAACUGAUAAUUUCAACAACCAAAUGCCAAACUUUAAUACAUGUAAUACAUACAAUACAACUGUCAUGCCCAAUGUUUACAUCACAGACGAUACUUAACAUAAGUAGAAUGUAUGUCAAAUAUUCAUCAAGGUUAUAUUGGUAGGAGAAAUAAGCUUUAAAUGUACUUAUUUAUCUGUUUGUUUCCACAUUUGGAAUGCAGUUACUAUGAUACAUGCCUGUAUGACGGUUCUGUUCUGUCUGUCCUAUGACCCUCUCAAAGCAGAAUAUGAUUAAACUAGUCAAAGGGACUGGUGAUGCUGGCCUUAUGGCUGUGUUUGAAUUGUGUUACAGAAGGAGAAAGAGCCAGUCCUUUAACUCUGCUGUCUGAAAACCCCUUUUAGGAACAAGGGGAUGUAGGCGGGGUAAAGCAGAGCACCUUUCCAUCCGUGUCUGUAUUCAGCCUUUCAGUGCCAUAUGCUUCUCUCUCUCUCCUUUUUCAUCCUCCUCUUCUUCACUGAGGGAGAUGACCCCUCAUUCUGUCACUGAAUAACCCUCCUUUCUGCGUUUCUCUUUUAAACUUUAACUGAAGCUGGAGAUUCUGACGUGAUUUAAAUCACAGAAUGUGUGUUAACGUCGAUAUCCAGUUGUUUUUUGUUUUUUUUAAAGAACAUGGCAUGCAAUUCGUAUUCAUGGUAGAAACUGGAGUGAAUUCAAAUAACUAAGACAGAGGUGUCCAAUCUUAUCCUAAAAGGGCCGGCAUGGGUGCAGGUUUUGUUUUAACCCAGCAGUAACACACCUGAUUAUACUAAUGAACUAAUCGUGGUCUUUAAUCAAGACCUUGAUGAGUAGAAUCAGCUGUGUUAGUCCUGUGCUAAAACAACAACCUGCACACACUGCCCUUUCUGGAUAAAAUUGGACACCCCUGAAAUAAGAUGAUGUUCCAUGAUGUCUGUUUUUUUGUUGUUGUUGUUGUUGUUGUUGUUGUUGUUGUUUGCUUGUUUUAUACUGGACGUGUUGUGAAGAUUGUAUGAAAUCGAAAUUAUUUUAAUAUUUAUUUAUCUUUUUAUGACAAUUCAUUGUGUACCUAUUGUAAAUAUUGUAUGAAGUAUACUUAUUUUGAAAGCCACUGUGUAUUGUUGUUGUAUAUUGAUAAAACUUUCUACUGGUUAAAAGCCAAAA